AUGACAAGCGCCUCGCCGUCUGCUUCUGGGCUCCUCCCCAUGCCUGGCACCCCGUCCUCCUCCUGGGCGCUGUAUACUGCUCGAAUCAGAGCCGUGUUGAAGAACCCCGACAUGAAAGUCGUCGUGGCCUUCUGGCUUCUGGGGUUGAUCAACAACGUCCUCUAUGUCAUCAUCCUGUCCGCGGCGCAAGAUCUCGUUGGCACCCUCCCCAAGGGUGUGGUGCUUCUCGCCGAUGUCCUGCCUUCCUUCCUGACGAAGCUCAUCGCCCCGUACUUCAUCCACCGAGUUCCUUACAACAUACGAGUUCUUGUGUUCAUUGCUCUGUCGGCUGUAGGCAUGCUAAUGGUGGCACUGACGCCACCCAGCAAGUCUGUUGCCGUCAAGCUGAUCGGUGUCGUGUUUGCAAGCCUGAGCAGUGGCGGUGGGGAGCUGAGCUUCUUGGGCCUUACCCACUACUAUGGCCACAUGAGCCUUGCUGGCUGGGGUUCGGGGACGGGCGCCGCCGGCCUGGUAGGUGCUGCGCUGUAUGUUGCGCUGACAGACUGGUGGGGAUUCAAUGUUCGGGACAGCCUGCUGUUCUCAGCCUGCCUCCCGGUGGUGAUGUUCAUAAGCUUCUUCGUGAUUCUGCCUCGCGGGCCGCUUCAAGAGGCGGGCCACGCGAAGCAAUAUGAUGCCAUUCCUGAUAGGGACCUGGAGGACGAACAGGUCGAAGACAUGUCUGAUCCCGAGGUCUCAUCUGGUCUUUUGAUACCAGAACCUCCAGGCGCAUCAACUGCCUUUGCAAGGCAACCUUCGUCGCAUACACAUUCGUUUCAGCAUAACCUACGGCGUGCUGGUGCCCUUUUUGUCCCAUACAUGGUACCGCUGUUCCUUGUGUAUGUCGCCGAGUACGCAAUUAACCAAGGUGUUGCGCCCACUCUUCUAUUCCCAGUAGAAGAGUCGCCUUUCCACGAGUAUCGCGGAUUCUACCCGUUCUAUGGCUUCCUCUACCAACUUGGUGUCUUCAUAUCCAGAUCCUCUACACCAUUCAUUCGGAUCCACCACCUUUAUCUCCCAUCGUUUUUGCAGGUGGGAAACCUGCUCUUCCUGGUGCUCCAUGCACUAUACUUCUUUCUGCCCUCCGUCUAUAUCGUGUUUUUAAUUAUCUUUUGGGAAGGCCUUCUCGGUGGCGCAGUGUAUGUGAAUUGUUUUGCUGAGAUUUUGGAAAAUGUCCCAGCGGAAGACAGAGAGUUCAGUCUCAGCGCUGCAAGUGCUAGUGAUAGCGGUGGUAUCUGCGUUGCAGGCAUUAUUGGGAUUGUUCUGGAGCCUGCUCUGUGUUCAUAUCAAGUGGCUCAUGGGAGACCUUGGUGUCGUAACAUCCAUGCUCAGCAGGGCUGA